GGAAGCGCGCCUGGAGGAGCAGGUGUUCUCAGGCUGCCGUCUGCGCCUGCGCUGGUCCACCGCGCCCUCGUAGUAAGAGAGGCCCGGAUGGAGGACGCGGAGACGCGCCGUUGCUAUGCCACCUGGGUCCUGGCCGCCUGGGGAGCAGCAUUAUUCUAUAACAAACAGAAAAUGGAUGAAAAUAAAGAUAUGGACUCAAAAGAAAGUGGAGAAUAUGAAGAUGACUUUGAAAAGGACCUGGAAUGGUUAAUUAAUGAAAAAGAAAAAGGUGGUACCAGCAUAAUAGAGAUGGCUUGUGGGAAUGAAGAGAAUAUUAACCAAGAAUUAAAAGACAAUGAAACAGAAACAGAACACACUGAACAGAGUUCUGAUCCUGACAAAUCUUUGAAGGAUGAAGUUUCACCAAGAAGAAAUGACUUCAUUUCUGUACCAAGUAUUCAACCUUUGGAUCCUGUAUCCGAUUCAGAUAGUGAAAACUCUUUCCAGGAAUCCAAAGUAGAAAGCCAGAGAGCCCUGGAGGAGGAAGAGGAUGAGGAAGUAAGGAGAUAUAUUAUGGAAAAAAUUAUACAAGCCAACAAGAUUCUACAGAAUCAAGAACCUGUGAAUGAUAAAAGGGAACGGAAGCUUAAGUUCAAAGACAAAUUAGUUGAUCUGGAAGUUCCUCCACUGGAAGACGCUGAUACUUACAAAAAUUAUCUUGAAAAUGAAAGUAGUAUGUCUGGAAAACUCUCACAGUUAUGUAUUUCCAAGGAAUUUGGACAAGAAAAUGUGCUCGUGUCACUAACUGAUGGAAAUGGUGACGAGAACAAGGAUAGGAAAAUUCUAGUCGAGAGAGAUGGAAAGUUUGAACUUCUGAAUUUACAAGACAUUGAGAGUCAGGGGGUUUUGCCCCCCAUUAAUACUAAUAGUACAGAAAACGAGCCUCACCAGUUGUCAUCCAGAUCUUCCAACUCAAAUGUCAAUGGUGUCAAGAAAGAAGAGCCGAUAGCAAAGAUUCAUGCUGUUGCUCAUUCAUCAACAGAAGAGCCACUGGCUUAUAUCCCUCAGCCACCAGCCAACCCCAAGACUCGUCCAAGUUCUGCUGCCAACUCAGAUCGAAGUAAGGGGAAUGGGAAACCUAAUCACAGGACACAGUCUGCAAAUACACCUCCAGUGACCUCAACAUAUUGUCUUUCCUCUCGACAGAAAGAACUGCAAAAACGGCUAGAACAAAAGAGAGAAAAGCUAAAGAGAGAGGAAGAACAACGAAAAAUAGAAGAAGAAAAAGAAAAGAAAAAAGAGAAUGACAUGGUAUUUAAAGCAUGGUUGCAAAAGAAAAGAGAGCAGGUCAUAGAAAUGAGGAGAAUUCAGCGAGCAAAGCAAAUCGAAGACAUGAAUAGCAGACAGGAAAACAGAGAUCCACAACAAGCUUUUCGAUUAUGGCUUAAAAAAAAGCACGAAGAGCAGCUGAGAGAAAGAAAGACAGAAGAACUACGAAAGCAGGAGGAAUGUUUAUUCUUCCUUAAAGGGACCGAAGGCCGCGAAAGGGCCUUUAAACAAGAAACGGACCAAAGACUGUUUACAGCUUCUCUUAUACACUCCUCAGAAAAACUGAAUAAAGAGUUGCAUUUCCCAAGAAAUAUUUUUAUGUAAAGACAGACAGGCUGAGGAGGAAGAUCUGUACAAACCAAAUGGAAAAAGAGAUUUUGGACACAUACUUUCAAGGCAAACCUGAUCUUUUCAGUUACCUGGUGGAUACUUUGUAUUACCUGACUAAUUGUGAGGAAACAGACCUGGUUUCAGAAUUUUGCCAGCAGGCCUUGGGAGAGGGAAUGAGUCCAGUUGUUUGAAGUUCCUUUCUUUCCUGUCUUUUUUGCUGUCUCUGUCUUUGUUUCUGUGCUUCUUUCUUCCUUUCCUUUUUUUUUUUUUAACAUAUAAUUAUCAUAACAGAAGCAGUAAAUGUGCAUUGUGGAAAUGGAGGCAGCAAAGUCACAUUUUCAUCACCCAGAGAUCACUGUUAGUACCUUAGUGCAUAUCUUUUCUCUAUACAUACAUUUAUAAUUUUAAAAUAUAAAUUGAGAUCAUACUGGUUAUACUGUUCUGUAAUCUGCUUAUUUUUAUUGACGAUCUCAUCUAAUACCCAGUCCAGAAUCCUAUUUUUUCCCAAUUGACCCCUAAAUGACUACAGUUAAUUUGCUCAAAGUAGUGUCUAAUUCAGGACCACACAACCUUGGCUUAGAUGCUUCAGUCUAUUCAGUUCUGACACAGUUAUUUCGUUGUUUAGGGUUAUUUCUGAAAACAAGUGUGUAUACGCACACAUACCACAUAUAUACUUUCAUGUGUGU